CUCCCACGUGGUGUUACUCUAUUUUCAUUUUCCUCUUUCUCUUGUCUCUCCCGUGACUUCUUUUGAAACGCACAAAAGACCAAGAUCGAGAUCUCUCGACCGUGAACCUUCAAGACGAAAUUCCGCAACGAUGACAACCAACGUCUUCGUCAGGAUUUGCGGGCCGAGGCUCUUGCGCGCCGCGAUGACAGAGCAAAAAUCAUGGGUCGUCGUCGGCAGGUGUCUUAGUACCACUAUGUCGCGCAGUAUGCUGAAGGAUUCGCCGAAUGCGGCGUUGGAUAAAACUCUAUUGAAAAAAUAUCUGGAUCUGCCUCAACCGGAGAAUGCGGUCCAAGCGAAGUACAUCUGGAUCGACGGCACUGGCGAAGGAUUACGUAGCAAGACCAGGACCCUGAGCUUUGUACCGAAACAUCCUUCUGACCUGCCAACGUGGACUUACGACGGCAGCUCGACGUACCAGGCCGAAGGUGCCAACAGUGAUAUAUUCCUCUAUCCAGUGGCGAUCUAUAACGAUCCUUUCCGUCGUGGCAACAACAAGCUCGUACUCUGUGACACCUACAACAGCGAUAAGACGCCAACGAAAUCGAACAAACGGUACCGCGCAAACCAGGCGAUGGAGACUAUCAAGGACCAAGAACCCUGGUUCGGUAUCGAGCAAGAGUAUACUCUUUUGGACUUCGAUGGUAGGCCGCUCGGUUGGCCCAAGAACGGCUUCCCGGGUCCACAAGGUCCUUAUUACUGCGGCGUUGGCGCCGACAAGGUAAUCGGCCGCGAAAUCGUUGAGGCUCACUACAGGGCUUGCCUCUAUGCCGGCGUGAAGCUCGCGGGAACCAACGCUGAGGUGAUGCCUUCGCAAUGGGAGUUCCAGGUGGGACCGUGCGCGGGCAUCAACGCUGGGGACGACUUGUGGAUUGCUCGAUUCAUUUUGCACCGCGUCGCCGAGGAAUACGGCGUGAUCGUCAGCCUGGACCCGAAACCGGUGGACGGCUCGUGGAACGGCGCCGGUGCCCACACCAACUUCUCAACGAAGCCGAUGCGUAACGAGAACGGUAUCGCCGAAAUCGAGAAGGCGAUCGACAAGCUCAGCAAGCAGCACCUCAGGCACAUCCAGGCGUACGAUCCGCGCGGAGGGAAGGACAACGAGCGCAGGCUGACCGGGAAAUGCGAGACCAGCAACAUCCAUGACUUCAGCGCCGGAGUGGCGAACCGAAACGUCAGCAUCCGCAUUCCACGCGGCGUCGCCGAAGAGAAGAAGGGCUACCUGGAGGACAGGAGGCCCAGCAGCAACUGCGAUCCCUACGCCGUCUGCGACGCCCUGGUUCGUACCUGCGUGCUCAACGAGUAAUGAAGCCACGCGCGGCGACGAAAACGCGUAUGGAAGACACAUCGGACCGACACGCACACACACCCACAUUACACCUGGAGCGUACAAUUAUCUUGUAGUGCAUAAAUUCCUGUCCGUUUCCCUAAUUGGAACGGCGAUUAAUUUUGAAUCUACCAGGAAAGUAACGAAAUUGGAGUAUUUAGCAUCUUAAAUGAUAUUCGAAACAUUUAAUUGCAAAAGGUGCUACAAAAAUUUGUCCUUAAGGUAAUUAAAAUGAUCAGGUAGGGUAUUGCCGAAAGAGAAUCGUUUUGAUGGUAUUGCAAGAUUGUUCCGAUUCUCUUUCACUGUUACAGAUAAGGUAUUAUUGUUUAGAGAAAACUCAUUAAUUUGUAAUCAAUUUAUUUGGAUUGUUGACUCGGCCGUAUUUAUAGUCAGGAUAUAAAUAUUAAGUAUAAUUCUAAGAUGAGCUUGUAAUUAUAAGUGCGAGGCAUAUGUUACUGUUCAAGUUAUCGCGCAAAAUUCCUUCCUAAAGCUCGUCUUUUUAUAGAUUUUAUAAUAUAUUAUACCAUUUUAGAAAGCAGCAUAAGGACAAAUAAGGAGAAUGGAAAAGUUUAUAACUGUGCGUUGUUUGAAAGUAUAGGAUAAAGAACAAGAUACAAUGUAAAAACAAAAUCACAAUAUAAACGCAAGUAGGCGAGUUUACUAGGAAAGUUUAUAAGACGUUAAUCAUACGUGCUCUUUUGUUAUUGUACGUACAAAAUUCUUCAAUAAUAGAAAAAAAUCAUAAAACUAACAAUAGAGCCUACUUGUUUAGAAAAUUUUAUUGUGAAGUUCUCUAACGCGUAUAUAAUUAUUCGAUUUUUUAACAUAUUUUAUAAUAUUCAAUUUUUUAAUAAAGCUUCGUUGUUACUGUUUAGCUUUAUUAUUUACCAACGCUACUUUUUGAUAUUUUUUAUUUUUAAGUUCGAACAGUGAUAUGAGUUCAAAUAGGCGUAGCGUAUACAAAUUCACACACACACACACACACACAUAUACACGCAAAAAAGUAUAUAUAUAUAUAUGUAUACACAUAAUAUAUACAAUAUGCAAUUUGUGUUUGCAAGUUAUAAACAUAGUUGCUUAUAAAUCAUACAUAUACAUCCAAUAUUUUGUAUGUAUUAUAAGCCACUAUGUUUAUAUAACAAGUUAAUGAAAUAAUGCCUUGGCAUGUAUAAUAAUAAGUUAACUCGUUGAAUAUUUUAUAGAUUAGGUGUUUAUGUUAUAUUUUUGCGUAUAAUUUUAUAAGUUGCUGCUAAAUAUAUUGUAAUUAUUAUGUCUUAGCCAAUAGUAUUUAGAAAAUGAAUAAAUGAAAACCGAAUUAUUCUUACUUAUUUGUCCAAAUGAGUACAUUGGGAUAAGCGAAAAUGUUUAAUGUAUGAAAAGUUAUAGAUAAAGAUUUUAAACGUGUUAAAACGUC